AUGGUGCUAGGAAUUGGGGACAGACUGCCAAAGACAGAACAGACUCCUAGUGGUAACGUCGAAGCCAAGGUGAUGUGCUUUUUCAGAAGAAGGGAUCUACCUGGAACUUUAGUUACUUUAGCGGACAAGCACCAAAGUGCUUUGGAAGCAGAGGGGGAAAAUGGUGAUAGAGAUGAUUUAAACAAUAAACAAAGACAUCAGUUAAAACAUAGGGAACUCUUUUUAUCCCGACAAGUAGAAACUCUUCCUGCAACUCAUAUCAGAGGGAAAUGUUCUGUAACUUUGCUCAACGAAACUGAAUCUCUCCUCAGCUACCUCAACAAAGAUGUGUAAGAUGGUGAUCCAAGAAAGUAUGAACAAUUAGAAACAUUAGUGUGGACACCCAACCAUGAUCUUACAGAUAAACAAAUUGAUCAGUUCUUAGUAACCUCAAGAUCUGUUGGAACAUUUGCGAGAGCCCUGGAUUGCUCUAGUUCAAUAAAGCAACCAAGUUUGCAUAUGAGUGCAGCGGCUGCAUCAAGAGAUAUAACCUUAUUUCAUGCAAUGGAUACACUGCAUAAGCAUGGUUAUGUUUUAUCUGAUGCUGUUAGUUCUUUGGUUCCCUCCACUGGUCCUGUACUUUGUAGAGACGAAAUGGAAGAAUGGACAGCUUCAGAGGCUAAUUUAUUUGAAGAAGCUUUAGAAAAAUAUGGAAAGGAUUUCAAUGACAUUAGGCAGGACUUUCUUCCAUGGAAGUCCCUUAAAAAUAUCAUCGAGUAUUAUUAUAUGUGGAAAACCACUGACAGAUAUGUGCAACAAAAAAGGGUAAAAGCUGUUGAAGCUGAGUCAAAGCUCAAACAGGUGUACAUUCCAAAUUAUAAUAAACCAAAUCCAGCUGCGUUGAACAACAACAAGGGGAUUGUCAAUGGCACUAGCGACAUCACCAGUAAUAAGCCUUGUGAAUCUUGCAGUUGCUCAACCUCGUCUCAGUGGUACUCUUGGGGCCCGUCACAUAUGCAGUGUAAACUAUGCCAUGGAUGUUGGUGCUAUUGGAAGAAAUAUGGUGGAUUGAAAAUGCCAUCAAAAUUAAGUGAAAAUGAUUUGGAACUUCCUAAGAAGAAACCUGGGAGUAUUUCUGAUGAAGAACGAGUCCCAUCUACCAUGACUUCACAUAGACCACAUCGUUGCAGUAUAAUUGGCUGUGCAAAGGAGUUCAAAGUUAAGGCUCAGCUUGCUCGGCAUUAUGCUACAGCUCAUGGUAUUGCUGUUAGGGCAGGCUCACCUAGGCCAAUUAUGAAGACACGUACUGCAUUUUAUUUAGCCACCACACCCUUAACAAGGUUAUCCAGAAGAUUAUGUCGUAAUUUUCUUCAAUGUCGGCAUGCUGCACGAUCUCCAUUUUGGUCUAUAAAUGCUCAGGCCAUUAAGCAGGAAUGUCAGCAACAAAUCGCUACAAAAAGUCCACUUGAAUUACGUGCACUAUUACAUUACAACAGAAAAGAUAGAGGAAGUGUUACCAAUAUCGCUACAAGGCUCGGUCAUGCCAGAAAUUAUGAGCUCAUUGUUCCUGAUUGGUUGGCUCCUACUGAAAGAGACAAAAUACCAAGAUCAGAAAGAAUAGCAUUUCCUAAACCACCAAAAGCUCCUGAUGGCAGUCUUCUAUAUGAGCGGAUCCCUAAUAAACCAGAACUAGAGAAAAAUACAUCAGGAAUAGUUGGUGGUCUUAAAAGGAAACCUUAUGAUGAAAUGAAUGGAUUAGUUGACGGUACGUAUUGUUAGGUUUUGUAACUUAGUUCACAUUUGUAAAUGAACAAAAAACCAUCAAACCGAAUGUAUAUGACUUUGAAUAUUGUAAUUUAAAAUGAUUAUUUGUUCAAAAAAUAAAGUAAUAAAUAUAAGUAAAUACAAAAAGGAUGUAUAUUUGUAUGUUUGGAAUAUUUUUGUGGUUACAUCUUCUUGUUCAUGUAGGUUUGUAUAUAAAAGUAGAUUUUCCUUUACUUCCUUCUCUCCUUGAUUUUUCGUAAAUCAAGAUUGGUACUUACAAUUUUGUUUAUUAUUUUUUUUUUUUUAACAAAGUAAAUUAUAUUUCGAGGAAACAUUUAGUAUAAAAAUAAUUUUUAAUUUCCAGAUUUUUUCAUUUACUUCUUUUUUAAAUUAGAUCCUCCUUCUCUUUUUUUUCAUUGUGAUAUCCAAUUAUUUAAUUUCUCUACUAUUUUAUGUUACUGCAAGUUUAUUUUUCAGAUCAAUCAUUGAUCCACUCAUGUUCUAUCUAUGGUUGAGUUAAGUAGACAAAUCUUAUUUUCAUUUAUAAAAUGAGUAAACUUGUGAUAUUAUCAUUUAUAUUUUUGAUUUGUUUUAACUGAUAAAUUGGUUCCCAUAGAGAGUUACAUUAAGUGGUCCAAAAAUAAACUUCAGUGUUACAUUAUUGAAAACUCAUUUAUAUAUUUGCUAUCUUUUGAUAAAGUUGUAAUAUAUGUCGAUGUAAAAGUUCAGAUGUAAUUAUUUGACAGAGAAUAUUUACUAUAGAGAAAAAAAGAAUUAAAAAUAUAUCUGUAAUGCAGAAAAAAAGAACAAAGAAAGGAGUUAGAAAUUUAUAUCUGUUCUUAGUUGCUUUUUUUUCUGACUUAUUUAUUUUAAUUUAAAUUUUAUUUGGUUCCAAUUGAGUUCUGUGUUAUAUAGAAAAAUCAACAUAUUACAUUACAAAUUGUAUUCUUAUAUUCUUUGUUUGUUUUGUUCAAUUUUUUUAUACUAUUUUUAUUCAAAUUUUAGCAAGCUCCAGUAUAAUUAGUAUGUUAGAGUCAAAUAUUUUAAUAAUGUCAUCAGUAUGUAACAGACAAUUAAGUGUCAUGAAUCUUGUUUGUAAUAAAACAGAUUUUUUUAAUAUUGUAAAAGUUAUUUUCUAAGUAUAAUUAACUGUUUUUGUUGUAUCAUGAUACCCUUUUCCAGCUAUACUCAUUUAUAUUUUGAUUUUAACGUUGAAUAGAUAGACAGUUUCAUAAAUUAUGCCAUUGGUUGUUUUAAGUCUUGAUGAAAGGGUGGUGUAAUAAAGAGUAUGUGUUCAGCGAUCAUGUAGUAUAAUUUUUUUCAAUAUUCUGGCAUGUUGAAUAUGGAUUAAUAAUUUAAUGUUUAGAAAAAUCCUACAAUACAGGUCAAGUACUAAGCUCGAAUUAACUAGUUUAAAAUUGGAUAAAGUAUUUUAGUACAAGUUAAGUAUAAAGUACAGAUAAACAAUUUUUUAGUUCGUGAAAGUGAUGCAUAUAUUUGUUAAAUUAAUUCUUUUUUAAUCAAAUAGUAAUAAUCAACCAAGUAUAACAAUAAUGUACAAUUAUAUUAUGUAGUUCAUAUUUUCAUAGAAUUCAUUAUUUUAUAUGAUACUUGAUAUUAUAUUACUGGGUAUGGAUUUGCUUUUUAAAAGUUGAUAGUUCAAUUGUGAUCAUAGUAUUUCUUUUUCUUAUAUAUAUGUACUAGGUUGUUACAAAAAUCCUCGUGCAUAAGUAUAACUUUAUUUUUCAUAUUACCUAUUUUAAAUGCUAUUGAGUACUACUCUUCAAAGUAAAGUCAAUUGUUUUCAACUACUUUCACCCACCUUUCUGGCAGUAAUUUGAUUUGAUGCCGAUACCAAUCCUUUGGUUUUGAGGCAAAUAGCUCUUCACAUCUGAUUUUUAUGUCUUUGUAAUUAUCAAAGACCUGAAUUUUUAAAAAUGUGCCAUUGAUCUAAACAUACCAUAAUCUGGUGCUACAAUAUCUGGGCUAUAAGCAGAAUGAGGUAAAAUGAUCACUGCUGGCAGUUCUGAUAAAUUUUUCCUUGGUCAAACGAGAAUGAUGGGCAAAGGGCAUUGUCGUGUUGCAAAAUGGCUUGGUUCCUGUUGACUAAACCGGAGUACUUUUGAAUCAAAACUACCUAAAAUCUGUCUAGCUGUUCACAUUAAAGGUUUAAGUUCACUGCCCGACCAACAGGAACAAGCUUAAAACACAAAAACCUUUGAAGUUUCGAAUUGUAUUUGAAUGGAAAGCUAACCCCCUUUUUUCCAGUAAUGUCUGAAAAAAACGCGAAUCGUGAUUUUUUCUUUUGACAUUGCACGAGUAUUUGUAAAAUGUAAAUGAACUCAUAAAGCCAACACAAGUCACAAGGAAUUAAAGGAUUGGCCAAUGUAUAAAUUGACAUGAAUAGUUGGAAAAAAACAUUCUUAUAGGAUUAAUUAUGAGAGUUGGAAUGAAGGUUGUGUUCAUGCUCAAGGACUUAUGUAACAAUCUAGUAAUUUACACCAUCAUGAAAGUGAAUUUUUUUUCAUUUAGAAUUUGCGUAUUUUAAAUCAUUAUAAUUUUACCAAGAAUGUUUGAAGGCAUGGUUUAUAAAUAAUCAUAUUAAACAAAAUAGACUAUUCUAAGAAAUGACUAAAUACUCAAUAUUUAACAGAAUAUGUUUCAACUUGAAUAUACUUACAGAAUAUAUUUUUUAAUAUUAUUUAAACAAUACAUAUAAAAAUAUAAUAACAAUACACAUUCAGAACACAUUAAGAGAAACUUGUAUUAACUUAUUUGCAUAUAAAUAUCAUAAAACGUCUAAGAGAUCAUUGCUACUCAGUUUUGUUAGAAUCUGCCAAAAAAAAAAUCACUUAAUUCAUUAAAUGACUCUUAACCAUUUAUGUCCAUUUCUUCUCUAUCAUUCAGGGUUGUUUUCAAAUCAUUAGGUUUUAUUAAAUUAUCAUCACUUAAAUAAAAUAUCUUAUCGAAAUUUAAAAGAAAAUGAAAAAUUUAGUCAUUAAUUAUAUAAGCUCAGACCUUUCAAUCAAAAAAUUAGUCUUUUAAAUUAUAAAGUAUCAAUUUAUUUUUAAUUUUAAUUAUAAAGAUCUUGUCAUUCACAAGCAAUCAUUCAUUUCUUACGUCUAUGUCAUAAUGGGUCAUUUAAGCUAGGAGAUUUCUGAUCUUUUCCCUAUGUUUUGCCUAUUGACAAAAAUUUUCUGCAGUAUUAUAUUCGAAAUCGACCACCGAAACACGACAAUGGUUAUCAACUUUGUCUUAAUUUCAAAAUAAUUUGAGUAACACUCAAAAAUUAUUAUCCUAGGCAAUUGCCUGGUCUUCCUGUGCCUCAUUCCACCAUUGUAUUAAUCUAUUGUGCUUAUAAUAAUUUCAAAAUUAACAACUGGGUUACAAAUUGACCCACCAUGCACCAAGUUCAUUCAAGUUAACGGUAUCCUGACCAAUACAUAAUAUAAUUUUGUAUUGAUAUAAUUAGCUGUAAUUUUUUUCAACGAAAAUAUCUUUUUAACAUUCCUUUUGUAAGCAUGCAGCUCAUCUUUUGCUUACCACAUGGAGCCGUCACUGGAUAAAAGUAUUCUAAUAUGAUAAGAUAAAUUAUUUCUUCUGUUCAAAUUUCUAAAUAGAUAAUUGUGUACAACUGAAAUUAAGAAUGAGGAUCAACAAAAUAUAAUUUUAAGAAGUACAUCAUGAUAUACAUCUAGAUAUGUACAAGCUAUAUAAAAAAUGAUCAGUAUAGUUAAAGCAAAACAAAUAUGGCUGUGAAUACUUCUUAUCAACUAAUCUGCAUUAUUUUUUGCUGCUACUAUUUUAUGUACUUGUGUAAUUUGAUGCCUAGUUUGAAACAUUUAUAAAAUAUUAUUUUCUGCCUCAAGCUCAUUUGUCUUUCCUAUGAUUUGAUAAAAUAUGGUAUUAUGCCAUUUUUAAAGCAUAUUAAUAUGGUCUUAAACUAUUAAUUAAAAAUUCUCUGUUCAAAAGUUUUAUUAUGUUAAUAGAUAAAAAAAAAAAAUUCAAAUAAAUGUGUAUGUCUGAUUUUGUUUUUUUAUGAUGUAGGCAAGUGGAUACAAUUUCAAACGAACAUAACUAAGUGCCUAAUACACUGUGUCUGGGAUUAUUCCCCACUAUAGCCAACAACAUUUCAAUUUAUACCUAGGUAGUGUAAUUAAUCGCUGCAUAUUGCCCAGGCAGCUUUGACUUGCUAGUGUUUAAUGUGAAUGAGUUCAACUCUUCUUUCCUCCAACUUCCUUAGAGAAUUAUCGAAUACUUACUCAUCUAAUCAUUAUUAUAAUGAAGUAGAGAUGGUUGACCGUGAUAUAAUAUGAGGAGUUGGUCCGGGGGAGCGGUCAAAUAAAUACUAAAUUUUAAUAAAUACUAUUUUUAAUUAAUUAUAAAUACUACUAAUAUACUAUAUUAAUUAAAAAUAUUAUUUUUUAAAGUUUAGUAUUUAUUUGACCGCACCCCCCGACCAACUCCUUCUCGAAUUAUUAUUAUAGUUUAAUAUUAUCCAUGUUUGUUAUUUUUGUAACAGUUUAUUUUAUGUGUAUUGUAACCUUGAUAGAUGAUGGAAGGUAAUACCCAUGGGAAAGGGCUUUUUACUUAAUAUGUUAUUGCUUGACAAUGUGAUUGCCAAUACUCUUUAUUCUGGAUGGUAUCGUUUCAGUUCCCACUUGGUUCAGUCAAUAUUUCACGGCAGACUUGCUGAUUUUAUCUGGAAAUUCUCACUCUGUUUAAAACAGAACUGUUGAUAGCCAUUUAUUGUUGACAUAAAAGGGUAAUUACCUGACUAGUAUCCCCAUAAUUGAUAAUAGUAACAGUAUCAUUAGGUUCUUGAUUGGUUGUAGUUGCAGUUUUCAUAUUAUUUGUGAGAAUGCAGUUUUCAUAUUAUAAUAAGAUAUGACGAAUUUAUCUUAACUACUAAAUACUUAGGGUAAUGUCCAUUUAUAAAAGUUUAUUCUGAAUUUAAGUGUUUUAAAUCAGUGGGCACUGAGAUGAAUUUAUUCAGCUGAUUUGUUGUAGAGGUAUGUAUCAAUUAAAUUUCAUGGAUGUAUUGAUUUUUCAGAGAUACUAGAUUUUAUAAUGAACUAUUUGUAUUAAAUUAUGUUUGUUAUAUAAAUAAAAAACAUAUUUACUAUGCUCUUGAAUGAUGUAUUAUUUGUUAAGAUCAUUAUAAAUGAAUGGAUGUUUAUUAACAUCAUGUGCAAACUUCAGUUUAAUAACAUUCAACUUUCUUAAAAUCAAAAAGUUUUAAAUAAAACGAUCUGUCAUUUAAGCUUAAUUUAAACUAUGCUUUAAAUUAUAUGGUAAAUGGAAAUUUACACCGAAAACGACCCUGUUGUAAAAAUAGGAGUUAUACAAAAAUUACUUAUUUUAAUGUUAUUUUUUAAAAAUUUAAUAUCUAUCAUUACUUUUCAAUUAAUGGCAUUUGUUUCAAUAAGUUGAUUAAGUUUUUCAUUGAACAUCUAAAUAAUCUUCAUGAUCUAUAUUUGAUUCACGGACAUUAAUUAAUAUACAAUUGGGUGUCUACUUUAGUAAAGAUUGUGGAUUUUUAUUCAAUACUUUUCUCCUGUAUUGAAUAAUAGUAAAAAAUUGCCAUUAAUGCAGUUGUUUAUAUCUGCAAGGAGAUUUAUGAGAUUAUUUGUAUUUUUCUUUAUCUCCCCCUCUCCAUUUUGAUUACUUCAGAGGUUUCUUAAACUUACCCGCUGUUAGAUUAAAGUAGCUCAUGCAGAGUUGUCAGGUUUGUUUUGUGUUUUAGGGAGGAUUCAGUAAUCUUGUGAUGAUUAUUACUCUCACAUUUUUUACGAUUCCAUGACUCCUAUGAUUCACUAUCCUCACAACCUCCAUUCUACGUUAGUGCUUUUUAAAACUUCAUUUCUUCCUGAUUCCCUACCACCUCAUUACGUGUACUUCUAAUUUAUUAAUUCCCUUUCAAUUUUAAUGAUACUACAUACCCUUCUUAUUUUCAGUUUUCAUUGCUUCAUUAUAAGUUGAUAUCAAAUUAAAUAACCUAAAAUUGAUUUGUCUUUUACAAAUAUUAGUUACCAGUUAAUUGUAUUACUCAUUCUUUUUUACUUUAUUAUCUCAGCAUUUGUAUCAAUCAGAACUUAAAGAAAAUUAUUUUUCUCUGUUCUAUAAUUAUUGCAUAUAGAAUGCUAUAUUAUCUUUUAUUAUAAUUAUUCUUAAGGGGCUAACAGCCCCAGAAUACAGAAUCGUCUUGUCAAAUUUGUAUACAAACAAGGAAAUCUACAAACUUCAUUCUGCAUCUUUUUAUUUUGUUUCUUCUUAUUUUUAAUUCAUCUUUAUAGGUAAGGUUUUUACAUUUUAUUUAUGUUUUUGAAUGAAUUUAUAAUUUUUAAAAUUUAAUGUUACAGUUGAUUACAAUUAUAAUUCAAGUACAAAGCAAUGCAUUUACUUGUGAUGGAAUAGUUAUAUGAUAAUUUAUAUUUCGCUGUUGUGCAAUGUUUUUUCAUUUAGUCAAUGUUAAGUUGUGAUAUAAAUAUUCAAUAUUUUUAGUAAUAAACUGGUUUUCGUAUUAAAUUAUUCAAGUUAUUGAGUUUCCACUUCUUCUUUAUUUUGGUGAAGUUAACCAGGAAUUUCACUUUAUGUUAAUCCAUUCCAAUUUAACAUUUAAUUUGUUAUGUCUCUACCUCAACUUGACUUUGUUAGUUUCUAAGUUUAAUUAUAAUUUAGUUUCUGACUUUUUAAAAUUAUUGUUACUGAUAUUAUUGGCAUGAUGUGGUUUAGUUUUAAUGUAUGUUUUCUGUUUAAAAUAUAUUUAGCUUAUUAUACAUUAUUUAUCUUUUCAAAUUUUUAAUAUCUAUUUCUUAAAUGCUACUUUAAAACCAUAACUUUUCAAUAAAAUAACUUUCACAUGAUAAAUCGAAUUGAGUUUUACUCACUGCAUGUUGUUAUGUUCAACUAGUAACUUUAUUUUUUCUAGUAUAAAAUGACAUAUUUUUAGUAAUCUAAGUAUAAUUAAUUGUACAGACAUUUAUAAAUCAAGUCACCUGAGUAAGAAGUUUAUUCAUUAUUAUCAGAACCAUUAAGUGUAUUAAAACAAAAAGAAAGAUAUACCAAUCAUAAAAUCUGAUUAAGCUCUUCAGAUUUAAAGAUUUAAAAAAAUCAUAUGAGCAAUCUUCUUUAACCUUAAAAUGUAUAUCUAAAAAUUCUAUAUUGUCAUUUGAUAUAAAUAUCAUAACUAUAUCUAACAGGAACAAAUAUUUUAAGCUGAAGUUUUUUUUCACUUAAUAGUAUUUAAUUGUGGUACCUCUAGAACCUUUUAAUAUGUACAAUUAUUAUUAGGAAAAGUAAUGCAAUACAUAGCUUGUAACAACUUUAGAGCUGUUUGUUUCAGGUACAUUUUCAAACUCAUUCCACUAAUUUCUUAAUUUAAAUUGCAUUUUAAUUGUGAUGGAUCAGAUUUUACCAAAUAUCAUCCUAUUAUUCUUAAUGUGAGCGACAUAUUCUUAUUUUUUAUUUUAAAAAAUUAAUAUUUUCUUUUGUAUUAUUUAUUAUUAUGUUUUUUUUUUUUUGUAUAUGGGAAGGGCUUAAAGAAUUUUUCAAUAUUGAAACAGGUCAUUACAUCAUGAUUUAUCAAUAAAUAACCAAGCUGUUUAAUAACUUAAAUAAUUAACAACUCAGUUGUUUUAUAAAUAAAUAAAUGUGCUUCCUAACAUGGACAAUACAUAGGUAUAUUUUUCUAUUAAAACAUUUAAUGUUUUUUUAAUGAAGUACUAUUAUUCAGUGGAAUGUGUUUAUAGUAAAAUACCAAGUUUAAUUGUAAUGAAUGAUUUUUAAAAAAUAUAUUAAAUAAAACAUUUUAUACUUCAUGUAAUAUCGCCUCUUGCUUGAACUGUUUCAAGUUGUUUGGAAUUCAUUGUGUUUAUCAAUUAUUUAAAAUAUGAAUGAUAUGAUAUGUAAGAUAAAGUUUCUUUUAAAAUGUCACUAAACCAUUUUUAGCUUGGAUAAUUACCUGAGGGAGUUAAUUUACUGUCUUGUUCCUUCCUAGCUUCUCUGUAUAGUUUUUUUUUUUUUUUUUUUUAAAUAGGGUCUACAUGAUUAUUAUAACUCCUGGCUAACAGUCUACUGUUUAUAUUGCUUAUC